AGACAAGGCUGGACAAAGACUGACAGCAAAAAAAUAGUGUCACAAAUAUUCUGUAUACUUUUUAUACAUAGUACCAAAGAUGUGCAGUAAGUUGCAAAAUCCAGAUUUCUUAAGGUUGUUUUGCGAGAAAAAUUCUGAUGGGACUCUAAAUUUGCGAUUAAAAGGGAGAGAGCUUUACCAGAGAAUAGGAUGUCGAAUAAACGAAGACAACGUGUUAGCUGUUAUAGACUUCUUGAAAAGCGAGCCACGGAUAGUAAGCUUAGAUUUGUGUUACAAUGAUCUUGGAGACGAUGGUGCUAGACUGCUGGCAGAUCACUACUUUAAUUCUGAGAAUAAUCUGAAAUCCUUGAACUUGAUGCAUUGUGAUAUCACACACAAUGGUUUGAAGUACCUGUCGGAUAGCAAGCACUUGUAUUUGUUAGUUUGUAGGUUGAAUGGGAACAAGCUCGGAGUAGAGGGUGCACGUUUUAUCGCUAACCUUAUCGAUAACUGCCAAAACUUGGAGGUGCUGGACAUAGCUGAAACAGACCAGACACUGGAGAGCAUAGAAUCUAUUGUGAUAUUGAUGGAAACGGAAAAAUUGAAAGUUAUAGACAUCUCAAGGGUCAUACCGAGUUCUUUCUUGACCAAGUAUAAUGAUGUUACGUUGGCAGAUGACCUGUCUGUGAUGCUCAGGAUCAACACUUAUCUGAAGGAGCUCCACAUACAAAAAUGUGAGUUUGACGGGCAUGAUGUGGAGUUGUUAGUAGAAGGCCUUAUGUGCAAUAAAACCUUGGAAAUGUUAAACUUGGGCUGUAACCGAAUGGGAGACAUGGGUGCAGAGCUGUUGGGUUGCUGGCUCAAAACUAGACCGCCUCUGAGAGGGCUGAAUGUUUCAGCUAACAAUAUAAAAAAUAUUGGUGCCAGAAUGACAGGAGGGUUAUCAAAAGAAGGCGAAUUUUCCGACCUGAGGUCGCCUUAUUACCAUGUAUUUUGGAAAAGUGAACAAUCAGCUAUCGUAUUACGAUUGAUGCAGAAAGUGUUUAUAUUGAAAUAAUAACAAACAUGAAUAUAUAGAUGAUAAACAUAGUAUAAGAAGGAAGCCUCCUAUGCAAGAGCGCUUAGUUAUGGAAUGCCUUACUCAAAGCUCCGAUUUUUGGACAUUAGUAACAACAAAAUCGGUAGCGCAGGACUAGAAAAUAUUUUAGAUACAUUAAAAAAAUAUUGUCAGAUGAGAAUAUUAGCUAUAUGGGGUAAUACUGGCAUUGGACAGUCUUCUGUAUGCAAGAGGAUAGAACGACUGUUGCGCGCAGGAGUACUAAAUCAAGAAUACUUCGAUGUGAAAUUAUAUGAAGUGGAUGGAAUGUUGCACGCAGCUUAUUAUCCCGCUGAGCACUUCAAGCAUAACUAUUACAGUGUAUUAGACUACGGAUAUCCACCAGAACUGAAGAUAGUUCGAAAUAAAGUACCUGAUCCGAUAGCCUUACCUAGGGAACUACUAAACUUUACUCACAUUGCUCGGUAUCCCCCAGUCGAUGAUAAACUUUUCUUGAGGGUGAGAAAAGAAAAAAUGUGCCAAGAUGAAAGUGAAGAGGAAAUAGGCAAAGUUGUGUUUGAAAUAGAAGAAGAAUCUUCAACAGAUGAUACGACGCAUGUCAAACUCGAUGAAGAGCUAACCGACUUCACCACUUAUUGCAGCUACUGUACUGGACCCUGCAGCCAACCUAAACAUGAACAAGUGAAUAAGUAGCUGCAUAAACUUGGUGUAACAUGCAAAGAAUAAACACUUGAAAAUUGACAAUAACAGUAACA